ACAGGUACAGUCCCACUUCAACGAUCUGUUGCUUCCACCACAGAGGCAGUUCCAGACAGCUUAGAGGCCUGUGCUGUUGCUACUCUCUCGCUCUGGUCUUCAGUUGAGUAGGUGUUGCGCGAGCGAUCAGAGGUGUACGGACGAACGACCCAAACGAAAAAAAUCGAACUCCCGGUUCGUUCAACGGGACGGACAGGAAAAAAGCUUACACGCGUAGUAAACGUGUAGUAGAAGAACGGUGCUUACGGUGGUGAGGAGCGCCUAGUAGAUUAGUGUGCCUACGGAGGAGACCCACCCCGUCCUGUGUUCAAUGAAAUAAAUUGGUCAAUUUUGCUCGCUUUCUUCUCUACACUGUUGUGUCGCUGUCGAUAGGUUUAUCGAAUGGAAACCGUUCAAGAAGCUGCUGCUUCAGAACGACGGCCGGUGGGCAGCGAGUGAGUGAGUGAGUGAGUGAGUGACGACGUGGAAAGCAAGAGCCAACCUAGUAGAAAGAAGUAAAAAGCAGGCCGUGCUGUGGCGAAGGCUUCGGUUCAAGGCAUACUCGAUGGAUGUACACGAGGAAUAGUGUUGGUGGAAAAGAGAAUGAAGAAUGAUAAUAAAAGUCCAUUGUGUCAAUACGAUUGAGCCAAAGAAAACGAAGACGAAGAAGAACCACCAACAGCUUAUUGAGAGGAUGAAGGUGGAAUAAAGUGAAUGCAUAAGAAUUUCUGGAAAGGAAGUUUUCUUUGUGUGAUUUGAUCGCGUUGUUCGUUACCCCCGAGGAGAAAGAGAGCCUGUUUUGUGAAGUUGGGUUCUUCUGUUGGAGUUUGAGUGGUUCCUGGAGUCGGUAUUGGUGUUGUUGUUGUUGUUGUGAUGCUUGAGCUAAAGUGUGUGUAGAGAAGACAGAAGAUCAGUCUACGUGGUUCGGUGUUAUUUGCGACAUUCCGGGUGGCUGGAAACGGUUUACUGUGCUUCAAGGCGAUCCGACUCAGGUCUCUAUCUGUGUUGCUGUCGGAGUACACAGCGUGGUGGCAUUGAGGGGGCUACACCGCGAGGAAGGCUGCAGUCUCAGCGGUUAUUCGCGGUGACUCACUAUAGGUCUAUGAGCGACAAGGCAGCAACGUCAUCGUUUUAAUCCACCGGGUGUGCCUUUCAUCUUGGUAUAUAUCAACAAACCACACCAGCGUCGUCAUCAUCAACAUCAUCUUUGCUUUUAUGACAGCAGCAAAAAAAAAAAAAGACGACACGAGGUGUGAAACGUUAAACGUAAGCAAGAGAGUGCUACUCGUGUUGGUGUUGUUGAAAGUUGUUGUUCUGCUCCGACUAUUAUAAAGUGCUUUCGACAAAUUGGAGCUGCUGGAGAUUUGUGCCACUAAUUCAGUGCCUUUCUGUGAAAACAGUGUUCAGUGCGAAGAAAGCAAACGAAUUAAGUCAUUUUCUAGUGCGUGCGACGACAAGGUUUUCUUUUUUUGUGCCCAGCAGCUGAAGCCCAGUGGUGGAUGGUGGCAACUACUAGUCGAGUCAGUUGAAUCCAAGUACGGCAAAUUAGAAGAGAGCAAAAGGUGCAGCAAUUGAGGAAGUGGCAAUCAUAAAACAAGUUGUGUCCCCCGUGCAAAAGUGCAGGCAGCAAUCAAAUAUAAUGCAAUUAAUGUGAUAACUACCCGAAAAAAAGCAGCAGAAAAUAAAGUGAUUAAACAAAAGUGCCUUAUUCUCCCUUUAAAAGCAACGUGUGACAAACGGAAGAGAAACGGAAAAGUAGUUCCUGAAGUUAAACCGCCUCGGAAGUGAAUUAACAAGCAGCACAGCGUAAAACCGUUUUCCGGUCAACGACGUCUCCCAGUUACAGUCGUCGUAAAGUUGACCUCAUCGUCAUCAUUUUGGCGUUGUCGGACGCUAGAAGUGGCAAUAAGCGGAGACGACUGCUAAACUAUUUACUGUUCCACCUCGACAGAUACACCCGCGGAGGUAUCCGCUUUGUGAGUAUUUGCCCAUCGGAUACCACCGAGCCGUGAGCAGUCUGCGAAAACUAUACAUGAAGAUAUCGAUUCAUUGAGGUGAUUCAAUUGCAUCGACAAUCGAAACCGUCCGUACACAAACGUAUUAUCAUCGACAGAACCUCGUAAGGCAGCCACAGCCCAGAUAACGCAACGACUUCCAACGAAGCGAAGGUCGACUAGGAACCUUUGGUAGUGUGAAAUUGUGCCUUAUCAAUACGGGGUGGUGCGUACACAUCCUACACUUUUACCAUGAUAGAUGUCGGUAGCUAUCGCCCUUCUAAGACAGUAGCAGCUAUUACUAUCACUUCGAUUGACCUCAGGACGAGUGCAGCAAGCGAAACAAGAUCAGCGACCGAGUAAUCUCGGUUAUAGGGAUCUUGCUAAGUAUCAGAAACAGUUUUAUUUUCACUUGGAAAGAUUUAUAUUUAAGUAACUAUACGUAAGAGUUAAGGUUUAGUACGUAAAGCAAACGAGCAACAUGAAUAGGUUAGUGAUAGUGAUCUUAGUAUAUCUAGCGGGGUCGGUGUGUACGACCCACUCAGAUGAUAAUUUCUACAGAAGAGGCGACGAUCGAAGUAGUAGCCGAAUCGAUUACCGAGAGGUAUUUAGUUUGAACCGGUUAGAUGCGAGACAUCGACGAAGCUUAUACGACGAAUCGUUCGUUAUUGACAACAGACUGAGCAAUUUAGCAUCGGUAGCGAACAGUCCCCGAUCGUUGCGAGCGGUCGACAAUCGGAAGCCGGUAUUUGUUAACUGUGAAGGGUAUGCUCCUUCGGUUCAGGAAGAACGAGAUCCAGGAACGUACGUGAUCCAGGUCAACGCUACGGAUCCUGAUGAUCAUCAGACAAUAGCGUACAGUUUUGUGACAGCUCCGGGUGAGCGACCCAAGUUCCGGAUCGAUAAGAAUACGGGACUGAUCACAACCAUCCAUCGGUUUGAUCGCGACGAACCAAUUCGUGAAAAGGAGGUAUACAUCACGGUACGCGCUACGGACGACGGACUGCCGAACUUGGACGACGUUUGUACGUUCAAGGUGACAAUCGAAGACAUCAACGAUAAUCCACCGGUAUUUGACAAGACUCGAUACGACGAACCCAUUACCAAGGACGCCAAGGUAGGAUCCAGAGUAGCUUCAAUCUCCGCUACCGAUCUGGAUGAUGGGGAAAACAGUGUCAUCAAGUACGAAAUACUGAAGAAGCACAACGAUUACAGCAACUUCCGGAUCAACGAGAACAACGGCAUCGUUACGUUGGCCAAGUCGAUCGACAAAAGUCCUGGUCAAUACUUCCUGAUAUUUGUGAGGGCAUACAACAAUGUUCCGGAUAUGCCACAGGACGCUGAGGUUGAGGUCAAAAUUCCUGUAAUCGAAUCCAACAAACUGCCUCCAUACUUUACGGAGACCCAGCAGCAACCGCUUUCGUUGGACGAAAACUUCAGCAACUACAGCGCAGCUCUUGCGACACUGCGAGCGAAUUCCCACGUAGAGGGAAAACCGGAACUGAUUUUCGAACUGGUCACCGGUCGUACCGAGCAAACCAAUAGCCGAAACACUUUCCUGCUGGAACAGAAAGGUGACACUGCCGUGAUCCUGCUCGGAAAGGCACUGGACUACGAAACGAUCACCGAGUACACUCUGACCGUAAGUGUGAAGAACACGCACGAUCUCAUUGCUCAGAGCAUCGUCAAAAUCAAGGUUCUGGACGUAAACGAUAACAUUCCGUACUUUACGGAGGUGACAUCCGGCUGGAUUCCGGAAAAUGAACCCGCUGGUACUCCGGUUAUGCAGGUGCGUGCCUUCGAUAUGGAUGGAACUUCGGCCAACAACAUCGUAUCGUUCCGAUUGGCAGACAACGAAGAAUACUUUGCCAUCGAUCACAAUACCGGUAACAUUACUGCGCUGAUGAUGUUCGAUCGAGAAGCUAUCGACACGUACCACUUGAAGAUCAUCGCGGAAGAUAACUCCCCUUCGGCGCUGUACAACAACGGCAAACCAAACUCCAUUUCACAGACAUUCAUCAUCAAGAUUUCGGAUAAGAACGAUCAUCCGCCCAAGUUCACUAAAGACUACUACAUUGCGGAGAAGAUCCCAGAGGAUGCCAAUACGAAUACGGUGGUUAUCCAGGUACUGGCAAAGGAUGUAGAUACGGCUUCGCAGAUUACGUAUUCGAUCGUGUCCGGAAAUAUCGGCAAUGCGUUCAAGAUUGACGAAACGACGGGUGCCAUUUCGGUGAACAACGAACUGGAUUACGAGAACAUCACCGAGUACACGUUGCAGGUGCGGGCGUUCGAUGGAACGUACGACGACAACGCGACGGUUUCGAUCAAGGUCGAAAACGUGAACGAUAAUCUGCCCAAGUUUGCCAAGAGUGAGUACACUUUGGAGAUCAAUGAGGAGGAGAUAAUGAACGGGUGUAUCGAGAUGAUCGAAGCGUGGGAUCCGGAUAUCCGGGAUCGAUCGGAUCCGCAGCACAUCAAAUUUGCGAUCGUUAAGAUCGAGCAGCGUCCGCUUUUGGAGAUCGACGAUGAGGGCUGCCUACGGCAGAAGGCUCCGCUGGAUCGAGAUCCUCCGAAUGGGCACAAGUCUUGGCAGGUGAUUAUUUCGGCGACGGAUGAAGAUGGAAGCGGUCGACAGUCGACGACGACGGUUAACAUCAUACUGCACGAUACGAACGACAAUCCGCCGUUCCUGACGAACAAGAUGCCGGUUGUUUGGUACGAAAAUCAAGAUCCAGGUAAAAUUGUAACGCUGACGGCGGACGAUUAUGAUGAAUCGCAAAAUGGACCGCCGUUCCUGUACGAGAUUUCGGCCAAUGCCAGUGAGGAUAUCAAGCAAAAGUUUAGCAUCGAUAAUGAUGUGCUGAAUGCGCAGGUAAGGUUCGAUCGGGAGCAGCAGAAGGAGUACUUUAUUCCGGUUAGGAUCACGGACAAUGGACAGCCCGAGCCGUUGAGUAAGGUGAGCAUUUUGCACCUGGUGAUCGGAGAUGUGAACGACAACGAGAUGCAGGACGGUGAGAGUAAGAUCUUUGUGUACAAUUACAAGGGGGAAUCACCGAAUGCGGAUAUUGGUCGGGUCUACGUGGACGAUCUGGAUGAUUGGGAUCUUCCAGAUAAGACAUUCAAUUGGCGCGAUGGGUACAGUCCGGAGCAUUUCAUGCUGAAUACGGAUACGGGUAUGAUCACGAUGCUACAGGGAACGAGGGGUGGGGAUUACGAACUGCACUUCACGGUUACUGAGCAGUCAAGUUUCUUCGCGAGGCAUUCGGUUACCGCGAAGGUGCUGGUAACGGUGAAGGAGAUUCCCGAGGAGGCGGUGGAUAAGAGCGGGUCGAUUCGGUUCUACGGGAUUACGGCGGAGGAGUUCGUUUCACGGACACCGUCGCUGUCGUUGACGCCGAAGGAUCGGUUGCAGAACGGUAUUGCAGAGAUGUUCAACAUCAGUCGGGACAAUGUGGAUGUGUUUACGGUGCUACAGCGUGAUAACAAUGCUACGUUGUUGGAUGUGAGGUUCUCGGCGCACGGAAGUCCGUAUUAUGAACCAGAGCGACUGAACGGUAUGAUCGGUUACCAUCAGCGAAUGCUGGAGGAGGAGCUUGGAUUGAAGAUGAUGAUGGUCAGUAUAGAUGAGUGUAUGGAGGAGAAGGUCCGAUGCGAGCUGUCCUGCAAGAACGUGCUGCACAAGUCGAACGUUCCGAUUGCGGUAUAUACGAACACGAGUUCGUUCGUAGGGGUGAAUGCUUUCGUCCAGGCGGAAUGCGUUUGUGAUGCCCAACUGGCGGUAACGGAGUGCUUGAAUGGAGGGACUCCGUUCAACGACAAGUGCGAGUGUCAUGAAGGAUACGAAGGUCCGCACUGUGAGGAGAUUGCCAUUGGGUUCUACGGUCAUGGGUAUGCGAUGUACCCUCCGGUGAGUCCAUGUAACAUGACCAGGAUCAGUAUGGAGUUGUCGCCGCAGCGGGAAGAUGGGUUGGUGAUGUACAUUGGACCAUUGAGUUACAAUCCGCUGCUUCCGGUGCAGGACUUUUUGGCGCUGGAAUUGGUCAAGGGAUUGCCGGUAUUGCUAUUGGACUACGGAACGGGAACGAUUCGAAUCGAGCAUAAGCAUCGGUAUCCGCAAGGUCGUUCGUUUACGGUGGAAAUUGUGCUGCAACCGCAGACCGUGGAAAUGAUUGUCGACAAUUGUAAGCUGUCUACUUGUAUGAGCUUGGAUGCUCCGAAGGGGCCAAAUGAAUCGUUGAACGUGAAUGCUCCGCUGCAGUUGGGAGGUUCUGCUGUUAAUCUGGAAUCGCUAGGAUCGAUGUUCAACUGGACUUACGUACCACAGGGUAAGGGUUUCUCUGGUUGUCUUCGGAAUCUAACUAUUAACGAUCGAACCUACAAUCUGGGUGCUCCGAGUCUGGCGAAGAACCAUGAUCCAGGCUGUCACCGAUCGAUAGCAGUUGCGGUAUCGUUCGGAAUCGAUUCAAACUUCCUGAUAGCGAUUAUCGUAUGUAUAGCAGUGCUGUUGAUCCUGUUGCUGGCGGUGGUGGUGCACAAGAAACAUCAAGACGGAUGGCACGAGAAGGACAUGGAUGAUAUUCGGGAGACGAUCAUCAACUACGAAGAGGAAGGUGGCGGCGAACGGGAUGCGGAGUACGACUUGACCGUACUUCGGGCACCACCGAUUUACAUGGACAAGCCGUACGGAAACGAUCUGCGGCAGAAGGAGGCGAACGAAGUGCCAGAUAUAGGUGCCUUCCUGACGGACAAGAAGGAUGCCUGCGAUAGGGACGCCGAUGCAUAUCCGAUCGAUGACGUACGGCAUUAUGCGUACGAAGGAGAUGGCAACAGUUCGGGGUCGUUGUCCAGCUUGGCGUCCUGUACGGACGAAGGUGAUCUCAAGUUUAACUAUCUGUCCAACUUUGGACCGAGGUUUAGGAAGCUGGCCGAUAUGUACGGUGAAGAGCCAUCGGAUACGGAUUCGAACGUGGACGACGAUGAGGGAUGGAGGAUAUGAAGGGGAUAGAGGGGAAGAAUUUUGGUUUCGAAAGGAAGAGAUUGUUUCAUCUGAAGGCGUGCCGAAGGUAUUACCUAGCUGUUACGGAAGCCAAAGACUAGUUUUGGGCCGAUUUGGAAGAACAACAUUUACUUUGUAUAAUUUAGUAUUCACUUUUGGUGGCAAAGCAGAGGAAAAGUUUGAAUAAAUGUGUGAAAUUUUUGAAUCCAAUCGGCCGAACCGCACAGCGUCAUAAUGCUAGAGCAUGUUUUUCGGAUGACUCAUGACUGGUAGACAAAAAAAAAAAUAUAAUCGAGGGGUGGGGAACGAAGCUCGAAGCUCAAAUACACGUGACCAAUCGGUGAGAUAUUGGUGCGUGUGUUGUUGUAGGGAGAACCGUUGUUCGUUUGGAAAGCAUUUUGGGCUGGUAUCCCCGAAAAUAUAGAAAGAGAGACAUUCCUUUGUGUUUUAGGUUUUUUAUAUGCAUUUCGUGAUGAGUCAUUUUCAUUUUAGAAACAUGACUCGUCGAUUUAUUUGUAAGCGGUGUAGGGUUAGUAGCUCGAAUUCCGCUUUGGUCGUUCUGGGAGGGGGUUCGGAAUCGUCGUUCGAAUGGUAAGUUUGUUCGAAAACAGCAAAGUCUUCCAUCUGCAUGUGCCUUUCGUGUAAACUUAUCCAUUCGACCUUCGAUUCCAGCACCGUUCCUGUUUCCACAGACGUAAUUAUGUAUAGUAAAAUUUAUCGAAAAAAGAUUCGACCAAAGCGCUUUUCGACCAAAAAAAUUAGGAAUCGUCAACUAAAAUGUACAUACUACCGCGAGAAAGCACUGCCUUUGGUUCUCCGCUCCGCCCGAAGCGGGAUAGACCAGAACUACGUACAUACAUACCACAAAGUAUUUUGAUAUGCAUUUUCGAACACGACUGUCUAGACUGACGAUAAUGGGAUCGAAGAAGAGUGGCAGCACGGAAUCACGAAACACAAUCUGAAGGAGAAAUACCGGUCGCACCAAUAUCUCACGGUCAUCGUAUAGUGGAGUAGUCAUCGGCUUUUCGUUGUUAUGGGUCAUUCUCCUUUGCUUCUUCUUCGUAUACAUAUGUUUACUGAAAUACCACCAAUCAAAAAUAAAAUAAAAAAUGAUUCAAUUGCCCCCUUGCGAAUAUACAGUGGAAGGUGGAUAAUUAGCACAAAUGCGUGUUUCUCAUAAAAAGAUGUCAACUGAUGAAAAGUCGGGAAAAACCUAGAUCCAAAUUUGGUUUUCAAUUUGUGAUCACCCUAUCAGGCGCAAUCAGUAUGCAAUGAAUAGUACACAUUUGUGUGAAUUAUCCACCCGAUUAAGGAAUUUAGAAAAAUCAAACGUAUGAAUGAAAUGUAGUUCAAAAUAAAAUUUCUACUAAAACGGACCGUAAGACUUACUAAGCUUAGGUAGACAACACCCGCGAUCGUAGCGUGAAUGAAACCGAGAUGCCUUAUUCCAAGAAGAAGGAUUACACAAUAUGAAAACGAUUUAGUCUUUUUUUUUUAUACUAUAACACAUCAUUAUUUUAAACGGAGCACUGUGUAAGUAAGGAAACGGAAAUCAAAUAAAUAUUUUUAAUGCGAUAGUUUUACUCAUAAACACAUUAUAGAGUAGAACUUCCUUUAGGAGCAAGAAUGCAAAUGCAAAUAUUUAUAGUCGAAGAUUUUAAAGGAAAAAAACAAGAAAUAUCCCUUUUCUGCAAUGAAGUCUAAUUAUAUAAGAAAAUGACCAGACUAAUCAUCCUCUCCUCUCGGUUUGUUAGAGAGAGACUGCAAGUGAUGGAUAUUGCGUGCGAGUGAGAUGAUUUUUUAAAACAAGAAAGGCAAACUAUUAGGUAUGAUUUUUUGUUCGAAUUGUUAUACAUUUUUACCAUAAACACAUACAUUGAAACAAACACAAACACAGCAAAUAAGUGAAAGUAGUAGGUUGUAGCCGCUAGGGAGUAUGCAUCGUAUAAAACUGCAACAACAACAAAAAUAAUCAAUAUAUAGUAAAGAGGGAAGAGAGAAGUCGAGAGUAGGGAAAAAAGUGAUCCGUAAUUUUUAGGCAAGCAAAUUGAUUAGACUUAAUUUUAAUUUAUUUAAUUCGCGCUCGCUUGCGUGCGCAUACACUGUGACGGCGCGGGUGGGCGAAGGAAUGAAGAAGCGCCGAUGAAGACGAAAAUGUUGCAGCUAUACGUACAGACAGACACAAACACACACACACAUACACAUACAUACAUACAUAUAAACUUCGCCGGAAAGAUGGGCGUGAAGAAGCAAUGCUCGUCGGUGUUUCGGGCGGGGCGGUUUGCGAGAGAUUGGGCUGAAACGGGAUGGGAUUUCGGUGCACUUUUGCAAGACAUAUCCGUUUCACCCCGAGUUCCCCUGCAGCCGCCCGCGCACCUGCCCCCUCUCUAUCUCAAGUGUAAUUCCAUUUUAAAUAAGACUUUUAAAACGAGAUGAAAAUAAAUGCUAAGCGAUUAAUAAAAAGAGGUUUCCGUUUU